AUGUCAAGUAUCAGUCAUUCAAACAGCUUAACUUUAGAAUCUUCUAAAUGCAGGGAAUCUUAGUGCAGCUCAAAAAAGAAGAAGGUGAUAUUUGAAGAAGAGCUUAGAGGUUAUAAGCCCAAGGAAACAUCUAAAGCUACAACAUCAUAUGAUCCUAUGGUGGAAAAGCUUAAGUAAUGGAAGAAAGAAAGGGAAACUAAAUAAUAGAAUUCCUCUAGCAAUAGCUAAGUUAAAGAGCUAAAAGCUGCAAAUGGCAUUAACCUUUUGUAGAAAAAAACUUUUGAGAGCUCACUAAGGAGCUACAAAAAAUAAUCGCUUACUUCAUCUAGCUAGAUAAAAAGUAGAUUGCAAAGUUCUCUAUAGUAAUUCUAUGACAGAGUUAAUAAUCGUAACACGAAAAGCAUGAGUAAUUCUUAAUAUUUUACUGGUAGCCUAAACAGGUCUUCUAUUUUCUCAAGCAUUGUUAAUCAGAGCCAUAAGAAAGGGUACUAUUCUGAAAACAAUAGUGUUUGCCCAUCAUUAGAUAAAAAUAAUAUUGAUUUUAUAGAUCAGAUAGAAGAUAGGAUUGAAGACUUGUACUACGAUUUCAUGGAAGGAAAUAUUAUGGAUAGAUAGCAGAUGAGAAAAGAAAUUAUCGAUAUCUUGCACAUGUGCUAAAUCAAAAUAGUGAAAGGAAAAAUGAUUGGAGGAAUUGAAGAAAUAAAAAGUAAUCAACAGCUAUGGUACAUAUUCCUUUUGAAUUUUGAUUUCAAACCAAUAUGGAAAGAGAAUGCGAUUAGAUUUAUCAAGGAAAAUAAUAUUAUGCAACAAGAUCAUUUAGAACUUGCUGAAUAAAAUAUGAGAAUUAUCUCUGAAGACCAAAGCAAUAUUUCUUAAUCACAAAUCUUAGAUCAAAGCUUGGUUGAGGGACAUAGAAAUUUAUAGGAUAAAAUUUUCAUCAAGUUCGAAUAAAUGGAUAACUUAAAAUUCGAAGACACAAUUAAAUAAGAAAACAUGGAAUAAGAAUCAAAUUUUCAAUCAAACCCUAUUCUUGGUUCUAUAAAAGAAGAAAGCAUUGAAAAUACUUAAGACACUUUAAUUACAUAUACAAAAACUAAUUUUAAAGCUGAAAGUAAUGCAUAAUUAUGUGCUCAAGUUGAUCCUCAAUUAAAUUCCCAGCUUUAGCCUAUAAAUAACUAAGAUAUUGUUUAAAAUAAUUAAAAUAAUAAUUUCUAACAAAAUGAAUAUUUUACUUAAAAAAACUAAACCUAGAUAUUUGUUCAAACACAUUAAAGUGAGUUACUUGCUGGUUUAGAAUCAGAUUAAUAAUUUACAUAAAGAAAUUAAAAUGAAUAAUUAUCACUUAAAGAAGAAGAAGAAUAAUAAUUAUAAACAAAAUUAGAUAGUUCAUUAUUAUAAAUAAAUUAAGAUGGAUAAAUAUAAACAAAUUAAAAUACCAAUUUUGCAAACACAUAGUAACCUGUUUAUUUAGCAAAAAUCUAAAAUGAUGAAAAUAUUGAAUAAAAUAAUUAAUCUCUUAUCCUACUACCUAAUUAAACUUCAAACUAAAUAGAUGAUCUAUAAAAUAAAAAUAAUAAUAUUGGCUGUUAAAACCUAAAUAAAAAUUAAAUGGAAGUAGAAGAGCAUGAAAAUGAAAGUUUAAUGAUACCACAAAAUAUAUUUAAAAAGUUUGAAUUUUUAUAAGCUGAGAUAGCACAUUCUUAUACUAAGGCCCAAAGAAUGCUUGCAUAAAAUUAAUCUAAUAAUAAAAAGUUAAGUGAAGCUUAAUAAGAUCUUAUUGAGCUUAGCUAUGGCUCUUAAUUGAUCGAAACGCCUAGCUACUCAGAAUAAAAUUCUGAAAAUAAUAUUAAAUCUAUAGUCAAGAAAUUAGACUAUAAGUUAAAUUUGGAUAAUCAAUUACCUCUUUUUGAUUUAAGUCCCUGGAGAGAUAUGAAAAAAUUAAAUGAAUAAGCCAAUCAAUCAAAUUCUAUUUUUAAGUCUUCCUAAUCUAUAUUCAAAAAUAGCUAAAAUAAAUCUAUAGAAACAGAUGCAUUUUUAGAAAAGCAAAGGGAAAGGAUGUUUAAAUUUAGUUUUGGCAAUAAUAAUGCACUCACACCUUUACAAUAAGAUGAAGCUUAAAAUAAUUAAUAAAAGGAUAAAUCUGAAAUCACCGAUAAUAUAUCAUCAGUACCUGAUAGUAAUCAAAAGGAUUAAAUUUAAAAAUAAUUAUUUGAAAAAGUAAAUGAUAACAAUGAAGGAGAGACAAGAGAAAACAUAUUCAAAUAUGACAUGUCCUCGUAGUCUUUUGAUAACAACAAAAUAAAUAUAAAAAACCCAUUAGAAACUGAUAAAAACAUCGUUUUGUAAUAAUUCACUGAUAAUUUUAAUGCUAAUAAAAUAUUUACAGAGACAGAUUAAAAUAAACCUGAAAAAGAAACUUUGUAAAAAGAAAAUGUAAUCUUUAAAAGCAGUAUUAACAAUAUUUUUGCAAAUAACAACUUAGAAAAGAAAAUCUCCAACUAAUUUAAUACAUAGCAUCUCAUUAAUGAAAAAGAAAACAUUCAGCAACAUGAUUAAAGUUAACAUGGAAUAUUUUAUGCAAAUAUUUAAGAAUCUUCGCAAAGCAGAAUUCAAUAGAAAUAAAAUAAAAUUUUUAAUUUAAAUAAUUGCAACGCUGCCAAUUAGUAUAGAAAUACUGAAAAGGAAUUAUUUGUUUAGAAAUUAAAUGAAGAAGAAGAGGAAAAUUAGACAGAAUGGGCAAUCAGAAAGAAAAUAAAAAAUGAGCUAGGCUUUUAUUAAGAUGUAUGUGAUAAACAGCCAGGUACCUUGUCUAAGAAUGAUGAUUUGAGAGAAUCCACUUAAAUUUCUAUUUUACUUAAUUCAUAAGUAAAUAAGCCAACUACUUACCAUGAUGAAUUUAGUUUUAACUUUAAAUAAUUAACUAAUUAAUAAACAAAUGAAGGCCAACAAAAUAACUUGUUUAGUUUAAACAAGGAGGGAACAGAUGAAUCAAAGAAUUAGAACGAAUAACAAAAUACUUGCAGUUUCUCAUCUAUAAUUAAUAAUUCUAGCAACUUAAUAAAAAAUAACACAUUUCAAUCAUUAAAUUAAAACCUUAUAUAAAAUAACAGCAGUUUUACUACUACAAAUACAAAUCUAUAAAACUUUAGUAACAAUCUUUUAACAUAAAACCAAGAAUUACUAUAAAAUUAAAUAUCAAACUAAGCUACUUUAGAUAAACUUCAUAGUUAAAAUCAUUUCAAUUAUACCUCUUAAAAUAAUUAAAUUUCUAUCUUAAACAUAGACAGUAAACAAAUCUUAGAAAACAAAAUUGAUACCAACAAUGGUAACGUAUUUCCAAUAAAUAAUUCAAAAAAGUUAAAUGAAAUUAGCCCUUAGAAGUAAAAUAAUUAAAUUCUUAAACAAAUAACUUCAGAAAAAAGAUAGAGCAUAUUUAGCAGCAAGAAAAGAAGUUUGAUAUGCUCUCCCCAAGUUUUCUAAAACUUUAUUGAAUCAGAAAAAAAAUAGUCAUAAGAUUUCAUACAAAAUUUAUCUUAAUCCAAAAAAAAGUCUCUAUUAGGGUUGGAUGUUUAGGAUAUAAUCAAGACACAAGUUAGUGAAGACUUUGGAAGUGAAUUCGUUUAGUUGACUAUUACUCCUAACUCAGUCAAAAAAUAAAAGAAACCACAAUAAGAAGAAAAUUUCGUUUGUAAUAAAUAAUAAAGUAGCAUGCUAUGGGUAAGAAGAUCCCUCAGACUAAUGAAUAAUAAUCAAAGCCCUCCUUCUUCUUAAUCUCUCAAAAGCUCAAGUAAAAAAUAUGAAUCUUGCAAAAGUAAAAAAAAGGGGUUUAGAAAUUGA